CCGGCUCCAGUCACGCUGGGGCAAUACACAUGGCGGCGUCAACGAUCACUACUCUGCUGCUGUACGCGGCGACAACUGGUUUGGCAGAAUGCGGUCUCGUGACCCUGAACGACAGAGGGGCGCUUGCCAUGCUCUACUGGGCGACUGGUGGGCCGUACUGGAAGCAGUCGUGGCCGAUCAACGACGCAUAUAGCGAUCCGUGCCGGGACAGCUGGUACGGCGUGCACUGCAAUUUUGAAGGCAACAUUGUCCUCUUGCGCCUCGCCAACAAUGGACUCACGGGGUACCUUCCGCCCACGUUUGCGCGUCUCUCGGCUCUCGAAGAAUUAGACGUGAGCUCGAACGCACUCACACAGAGCGUGCCGGCGACACUUGGCCGGCUCGGCGCACUGCGCGUCUUGCGCCUGGACCAGAACGCGCUGACGGGCGUGGUGCCACCGAGCUUGAGCACUCUCUCAUUGCUCGAAGUGCUACGCUUGGAAGGCAACGCGUUCAGCGCUCCUCUGCCCACUGCGAUCUAUAAUCUCCAAGCUAAAGGACAUGGGACAGUCUCGUGGGACGCCGCACUGACACCACUUGCCAUUGAUGCCCAGUAAGCUCGCAGUAACAAAGAAUACACUCCAUAGAUCGACGCGCCA